AUGAAAAGACCCUAAAAAAGGUAAAGAAACAUACAAAAUGCCCACCAUCAUCGCAGUGGAUGCAUCACUAUCGAUGAUGCGUCCAGUGCCAGGACGUAGCGAUCACACCUACCACUCAUUGGCAUUAAAGGGCGUUGGAAACCUGCUAGACAAUUUGGCUGCUGCCGGCAAGCUGGAGCACUUGGCGCUGGUUGCAUUUACCACCGUUACCGAACUUAAAGUGGAUUUUACGCGGGAUUACGAUCAGAUACGCCAAGCCGUCAAGAAGAUCGAGGCUGUGGACAAGGCAUGCCUAAUAACAAUGUUAAAAACAGCUGUAAACAUAAUGCAGGCGUGGGGAGCCCAGAACGUCUUACAACUGGUUGUGUUCACAGAUUGUGGCCUGGGCUUUGGCAGCACUUCGAUCAGCGCAUUCCUGGAGACGUAUAUUGGCAGGGAAUCAGAGCCGGAAUAUGCGUGGUUAAAGACGCUAGCCACGUACAAAAUUAACUUUAUUUGCCUGGGCGUGCACAGCGAUGCUUAUUUUACGAACGGUCUUGCUUUGUACCAACAGCUUUUGGACGCCGCGCAACUGAAAGGCCAACUGUUUAUGACGAAGCCGGUGAAAGCCGAAGGCGGUGAUGGUGGGGCUGGCGGGCAAAAUGCGGGUGGAGCCACCUCACAUGUUAGCCACAAAAGCGAGCUAGGACGCACAGCGGUGUUUGAGUUGGUGGAGCGGCUGUGUGAAAGCAGCUACAAGCUCACCGAAGUUAAACUAAAAUGCGGCAGUUACUUUCGCUUAGAGAGCAGCGUGAUGCUCUGGCCACCAGUUCUGCCCUACGAACAGCCAGCGGUUUAUGACGGUGAUCCCAUUAUCCGCACCAUAGAUCAGCGCAUUGACGUUUGUGGGUAUUUGGCUCUCUCAGACAUUGGAUCGCCUGCUUCGCUAAGUCGUCAUUGGGUGCUGCCAAAAGUGGAACGAACUGCCAGUCGAAGAUCCAGCGGCAUGGCUGCCGCUUCAAAGCCAGCCAAGCUCACACUUGACGUAACAAAUCCUAACUACGAGUUUGAAAAACUGGAACAGGAUGUGCGUGAUUUUUAUCUGAAAGAUCCAAAGGAUGCUGAGGAAAGCGGCGAUGAUGCUGAUGUCACUGUGGUGAGCAAACACAGUACUCUCCCUUUGUCGGAGCAGCAGAAGGAGACGCUGUGCGUGCUUUUGCAUGGCGCUUUGAAAAUGGAAAACAUGGCAGCCCUCGUUCUUUUAGGCGAGAAGUGGUAUGGGUUUAUAUAUGCGUUUACAGAUGCCAAAAAGAAAUCCAAUCUCAUGUUGAAUGUAUUGCCCCCGGGCACUAAUGUCAUACCAUGGUUGGGAGAUAUCGAAAUGCUGGGAUUUGCCGAAGAUAUCAGUCCAGGCGAAACUGCAAGCUUCCCAGUACGCGCCGAGCGUCGAUCGUACUCCCAGAGCAGUGUGGUGUGGAUACGACAGGCAAGUCUACAGUCCGACGUACAAAAAGUGCUGCGGCACGCCAAGAAAAUGCCGGACAAAACACAGCAUUUCUAUAAGGAAUUAAAUCGUAUAAGACGCGCUGCACUCGCGCUUGGAUUUGUGGAGCUGUUAGAGGCUCUAGCCAUGCUAUUGGAAAAGGAGUGUGCCCAGUUAACGCUUAACGGUGCCAACACAGAGUGCACUCUGCAGCUGCAACAUGCCGCCACAGAGCUCCGCAAGACUUCGAAUCGAGACAUCAAAUCCACAAUUGUACCACUCCAGAAAGUUGGCGGUACAGUGGAUGCCGGUGCCGCAACCGCAGCCACUGCCGCCACCCCCGCAGCAUACUUAUAUUAGGUGCAAAUGUAUAGUUUGUAUUUAACAUAGCAACAAUUUUUAAAUGCCAAAAUCCAUUUUACCCAUAAAUUCAUCUUCAUUGCCAUCAUCGUCCACCAAUAAACUGAUGUCAGAGAACUUGA